AUGUCUUCUAAUGCAAGCAUUCAUACAUUAUCUAAUGAUUCUGUUUCUUUAUCUGAAAUUAUUAAAAGUAUGCAAUCAAAUGAGAAUCUUUAUAGAUUUUUUAGAAAGCAAGGUAUUCACAAAACUUAUUCAAAACAUAUAUCACAAUUUGGUUUAAAAUUAUCAAAUAAAGAUGAUGUAAUAAAUUCUAAAAUAUUAUGUUAUGGUUUUGGUGAUAAAAUAUAUACUAUGGAUAAAAUUAUGGAAAUUUUAUCUAAUGUAUCAAAAGAAUGUUUAGAGAAUGUUUAUUAUAUUGUACUUGAUAUAAAAGAUGAUACAAGAAUGAUAAUUGAAAGUAGCCGUGUUUAUCUUGCUCAAAAAUAUGCAUAUUUCAUUGAAUUUUUAUAUAAAAAAUGUCCUAAUGCUUCAAGAUUAUGGUUAACAAAUAGAUAUAAUUUUCCUGGAAAUGAUGAUUUUUUAAUAUAUAUUUUAGAAAAACUUAAAACUGAUAAAGUUAUUGAAAUAAAACCUAUAUUUUUAGAAGAUAUUUUAAAUUACUCUACCAAAUAUGAUUUUGUAAAUCAAAAUUUUUUAUUUGGUUUACCAAAUUUAAAAAUAUUUACUGUUGAAAUUUUUACAGAUGAAUUACCAUCAUAUUUUUCUGAUUGUAUAACUCCAAUGGAAAAAUUGAUCAAUUGCCUUUGUAAAAAAAAAAAUAUUACAUUGGAUAUGUAUGUUGAAGGAAACAAUAAAUCAAUAUAUGUUGCAUCACAAAUAUUAAGUUAUGCCAAUUUAAUUAAUUUUAAUGUUAAUAUAAAACAAAGCUCCGGUUGGAUAGAAUAUUUUCAAAAUGUUAAUUAUACUAUUACAAAUGAAUUUUUUAAAAUUAUUAAUAAUCUAACAACUGUUUCACUUUUUAUUCAUAUUAUGGAUGAUUUUAAAAUUAUUAAAUCUUUAUUUACUUUGUUAGAAAAUCUUAGAAGUAUUUCUCUUCAUAUAGAUAAAGAUAUUAUAAAAAGUAUUUAUAAACAAUCUAACAACAUGGAAUGCUGUUUUUCACAAAUUAAGAAAUGUUUUAAUUAUAAAAGUACAAUUAAAAAUUUAGCUGAAUUUAGGCUUCACCUAUUAUGUCUGUCAAGUGAUGUAAAUUUCUCAGAAAAUGAUAAAUUAGAUAUAUUAAAUAAUGCCUUUCUAGAAGGAAUUUUUUCAAUAAUACCUAAUACAUUAACAACAUUAUAUCUUAUUAGCAUAAAUGGUAAUAAGCUUAAUAUUUUUAAACAUUUUUCAAAACAAUUUCCUUUUCUUAGUACAAUUUCAUUUCUUCUUUGUGUAAAAAUACCAGAAAAUGCAAUUAUUACAAUUCAAAGUCUACGAAAAGUUAUAAUACAUGGAGAAUUAAAAAUUAACAUUCCAAAAUGUGUUGAAACUGUUGUUUUUUGUUAUUUUGAUGAAGAUUUUUGUGAUGGUAUUGAUAAAAAAUCAAAAAAUAAAUCAAACAAAUAUUAUUUUAACUUAAUGAAUACUACUUUUAAUAAUUCAAUUAGAAAUAUAAAUAAUGAUGAAAUAUAUUAUAUUGCAUUUUUAAAAGAUAUUUUUAAAUGGAAAGAUAUUCUUUAUUUAGCAGAUGAUUAUUUUUACUAA